UUCUUUUUCAGUUUUCUAAAUAUAGUUUAAUUUCCAUGAAUGACAUAUUAAUGUCUAAUUCUGAGGAUUUAGGUACCCACAAAAGCAAUUCAGAGGAUGAGCUGUUUUUCUCUUCACCAACUAUGAAGAAAAUGUUGGAAGUGAUGGUGAUUCAGACUUUUAACCGUGUUCUAAAUCCAACCUUGGAAAAAUUGAUUCGUAAUGUUGUAAAACAUGAACUUGAAUUGGCAGAGAAGAAGUUUAUAUUCACCAAGGGAAACCCUGAAAAAGAUAUUCAAGCUCCUAAACCAAGAAUCUUGAAGUUGAUGUUCCGGUCGGAAGUAUCUGUUCCUGUACUUACCGGAAAGGAAAUUAAAGGAGAAGGAGAUAAUGCUAUUGAAUUGGUCUUAGUUGAUGAUAACACUGGAGAAAUUGUUGAAUCUGGACCAGAAGCAUCAGCUAAAGUGGAAAUUGUUGUUCUCAGGGGAGAAUUUGGAGAUGAUGAUGGAGGUAAUUGGACAGUUGAAGAGUUCGAUAGUAAUGUUGUGCGAGAGAGGGAGGGAAAAAAGCCUCUUCUAGCAGAAACUGUACAUGUGAGACUUAAUAAAGGCAUUGGUUCUGUAGAUAAAAUCAAAUUUUCACAUUCUAAAUUCUAUAUGAAGAUGGGGAUGUUCAGGCUAGGUGCACGAAUUGUUGACACUUUCAAUAGCAUUCAAGUAAAAGAAGCAAGGACUGAAUCUUUCACUGUCAAGGAUGGGCGCCAGCAAUAUCAUGAGAAGCAUGAUCCACCAUCUCUAUCCGACGGGGUACAUCGGUUAAAAAACAUAGGUAGAUGCAGUAUGAAGCGCCUCUGGAAUGAAAAUGUCCACACUGUAGAGGACUUUCUGAUUUUGCUCCUAAAAGACCGUGAGCGACUCAAAUGUGUACUUAAUCUAAAGCCAAAGAUGUUGGAGGAGACAAUUAGCCAUGCUCGGAGAUGCAUAACUAAUGAACGGACAUACUCUUAUAUUGACUUACAAAAAAAGGAAGAGGUGGUUUUUAACAUCGUUGGAGAGGUGCAGGGACUUAUUCUACGGGGUCAAUAUCUACCUAUGCAUCUUUUAUCUGAAAGUGAUAAGGCUAAUGCUCAGAGGCUGCUCGUAUCUGCAUGUGAAAAUUGGGAUCAUGUAGUACCAGUUGAUAAUGAGACAUUUUUUAUGCAAUAUCCUUCUCAAAUAUUGCCAACCAUGAAUUCUUUGAAUUCUCCAAGCCGAAAGGUUCCUAGCACCAGUAAUGGCAUUGAGAAUUUUAGAACAAGUGAUGGACACUGUUCUACCUCUUUUCAGCACAAUGUUUCAUCCGUCAUUCCUGCCAGAGUUGCAAGUGCAAUCAGUCAGAACGAUCCUGAUUCCGCCGGUAUCAGUAACAUGGAGUUCUCUAACUCCCCAAUAUAUAGUCCUUUAUUCCAAGAUUUUUGGAUUGAUCAAUGCAACAUAGAAGACUUAAUUUUUAAAUUGAAUGCUCAUCAACCACAUGAUGCCUCUACAUCUAAGGUAAAUGUGCAUAACCGGUGGAAAAUGUUGCUUAAAAUCUUUAGACAGUCCUCAAUGAGAAGAAGAGCUGCAGCAUUAACGGAUAUUCAACCUCUGAAGAAGCAGAGAGUCUUUUGAUUCUAUUGCUUUAGACUGUUAGUAAUCAGUUCAACAGAAGGUGCAUAUUUCCUUAGUGAUGUUGUGCUUGCCAAAGACUA